AUGCCAAGCUGUACUGUAAUCCCAACUUCAACAGCUAAAACAACUACUUAUGAAAUGAAGCAUCAUGAACGAGUGCUGGGAAGAUAUGGUUAUACAUUACUAAGGUGUAUUGGAAGUGGAACCUACGGCAGAGUCCAUGAAGCAUUUGCUGAGCGAUGGAAAUGUAAUGUGGCUGUAAAAAUAAUUUCCAAGAAGAACUCCCCUCAGGAGUAUGUGAGAAAAUUUCUACCCAGAGAACUCCAGGCAAUGAAAACCCUCAAACAUAAAAAUAUAAUCAGUCUCUACCAAGUCAUCGAAACUACAAGUUACAUGUAUAUUGUAGAAGAACUAGCAAGCGGAGGGGAUGUAGCAGAAUGGAUGAGUGACCAUGGUGCUUGCAAUGAACAGCAGGCCCGAAAGUGGUUCCGACAGCUAUGUGAAGGCGUUGCUUACAUGCAUAGUAAUGGCAUUGCACAUCGAGAUCUGAAGUUGGAUAACCUACUAAUUGACAGCGAUGGAAAUAUUAAAAUAGCAGAUUUUGGGUUUGCCAGGCCUGUAGAAAACCAGAAUCUUAGUAGAACAUUCUGUGGAACACGCUCAUAUAUGCCUCCUGAAGUUCUUCUUCGAGAAAGCUACAAUCCCUUUCUCUUUGACAUGUGGAGUUUAGGGACCAUCCUCUAUAUCUUAGUUACUGACCAAUUUCCAUUUGAAGAUGAUAACAUGGGAGUGUUUGUCAGAAAACUGCAGAAAGGGGUCCACUUCCCAGCACAGAAACGCAUCCCACAAGACUGCAAGGUACUCAUUGGGAAGCUACUGACAGAUGCCUCAAAACGCAUCACAUCAGAGGUGGUACUGGAACAACCAUGGAUACGAAAACUGAAUCAAGACAGACAGACUGUUGACAGCACACCAAAGAAGGAAUCUCUACCUGUUCCCAUGCAGCCAAAACAGCGUCCUCCACUAAGGCACUUUGUCAAGCUGCCUGAAGCCUGCUUUUACAAAAAACCACGGCCUCCUCUUAGGCCCAUAAAUGGUUUCCCUAAAUAUAUCAGAUAA